UCGUCCGACUCAAACGAAUCCGAACAUUGAGCUCCACCCACUCGGCCGCAUCAAGCAACGGCACAAAAUAUAAGGCGCCACCUUUCUCGUCAGCCUCUUCUUCAACCAGGAACCCGGGAAAGCUGAUCAAAUCUGAAGCCUCCCUCACCAUCUGGAAAAGUUUCCCGGGGAUCGAAGGCCUCCCGCCGAUGCAAUAGUUCAAAAAGUAGCGCAGCCAUGUCGCUGAGUGAAGAAUCAAAAUUCGAAAUCGGUCAGAGGGUCCAUAGCGUCUCCGAUUCCCGUCGAAUCGGCACCGUGAUGUACGUAGGACCCGUCGACGGCUAUUCGGGAACUUGGGUAGGCGUCGAUUGGGACAAUGGCAACGGCAAGCACGACGGCACUGUCAAAGGGGUUCGGUAUUUUCGCACCAGCGCCGAGCAAUCGGGCUCUCUUGUUCGUUCCCACACGAUAAGCAAAGGGGUGUCCUUUAUUGACGCCCUUGCUCGUCGGUACACUUGCGAGACUACAAAAGAAGAAGAAGAUGAAAUGUAUGUCUAUUCCAUGAGGAAGAAGAGGGUUGCGAUUCAACUCCUGGGAAAGGAUAAAGUGCAAGAGAAGUUCAGCCGAUUUGAAGAAUUGGAACAUGCUUCGCUUGCUUAUUUAGGGGUGAGCUCGCCUGGGCCACAGCACGCAAUCCAUGGCGUUAUACCAAAUCUCAAGAAUCUUGAUCUCACUGGAAAUUUACUUUCACAAUGGAAGGAUGUGAACUCUAUCUGUGAAGAACUUCCAGCUCUUGAAGUCCUUGAUUUGACUAACAACCGCAUGUCACAUGAUGUGUCUGGGAUAUCAUCUCUCAGAAACAUUCGCAUUUUGGUCCUUAAUAAUUGUAGCAUAACAUGGAAGCAGGUUGAUGUGCUCAAACAUUCUCUUCCAGCCCUUGAAGAGCUCCACUUGAUGUCAAAUGGAUUAAUGAGAAUUGAGGCUGAACCACAUGUAGCAUCAUGCUCCUACGUGGAAGGAUUUGAGCACCUACGGAUUCUCAAUUUGGAGGAUAACUUGAUAGGUUUAUGGGAUGAGAUUAUGAAGUUUUCUCAGUUGAAAAGCUUGGAGCAACUUCGUUUGAGCAAGAACAACUUGAAAAGUAUAUCCUAUCCUGCUGUUCGUCCUCAUCAUGAUUCUGUACCUGGCGAGCCUUUUAAGAACUUAUGUUGCCUGCUUCUGGGUGGUAACAAGAUUGAAGAUUUAUCAUCUGUGGAUUCACUCAAUCAUUUUCCAAAUUUGAGAGAUGUUAGGCUUUCUGAUAAUCCAAUUGUUGAUCCUGCAAAAGGCGGCAUCCAACGAUUUGCUCUUAUUGCACGUUUAACUAAUGUCACCAUGCUGAAUGGAAGUGAGGUGAGUGCAAAAGAAAGGAAGGAUGCUGAGAUAAGGUAUGUCCAUCUGGUGAUGGCUAACAUGCAGUUGGACAAACAAGAAGAGAUCAGGGAAAAGCACCCAAGGUUUUUUGAGCUGAAAAAGCUUCAUGGCAUCGAUGAUGAGAAGCAAUCAUCUGCAACUGCAGGAUCUCAAAAAAUGGCUUCUGGUCUGAUGUCAAUUACUCUGAAAUGUAUUGGAGCCUCUAUCAACGAGAAGCCGCCUCUAACUAAGAAACUUCCUGCUACAACCACAGUGGGAAAGCUGAUGGUUCUUUGCAUCAGUUUUUUUAAGCUGAAAGCUGUAAAGCCUAGAUUGUUUCUUCAAGAAGAGGGCCGAGCAACGCCUUUGUUGCUUGAUGAUGACAUGGAAUCUUUGGCUGACCUUCGACUUCCAAGCAAUGGGGGUACCAUUUUGGUUGAUGAAGAAGUUUAAGCAUUUUGAAAUCAUUCACUGUGAACAUCUAGUCAUCCAAAUAGAGCGGAUGCUUAGAAACGAGGGACAAAAAACUUCAGAACGAUCAGUCCAAAUUUUGCGGAAGAAACAAUGUCUGGUUGUAAAGCUGAAAAGUUAGAACUUCAGACUCAUUGGGACGACCUUGUUGUUCAUUGUUACAUUUCAAAUUGAGGAACUGGUACCAUUUAAUUUCA